GUGCUGAUCCAGUAACUUCUCAAUGUCAUUAUCUUUAAUUUUCACUAUCUUACCAUCUUUGUAGUCAUCUUGUCCAUCUCCUCAAAAUCAAGAAUCUCAAGGCAAAAUCCAUCAAAUAACAAAAAAACAACGACAAUCAGUACUAACAUUUGUUUAAGGAAAAACAAUGAAGCUAGUAGUAAAUAUAUUUUAUGGAUAUAAAUAACUCACAUCUCUCAUUUUUUUAUAUACGAUUACUUAACUGUGGUUUACCGAUACAUUUAUCAUAAUCUCAAUAUUGAGAGAGGUGAAAACUCUUGAUUUGUCGCCACACAUUAAUUAAUCACUCUCACAUGUAGCUUUGUAUUAUUUUUUGGAUUGGUUUUUAUAGCAUGAUACAAUAGCUCUUACAUUAAAACCUUGUCCCUAAACCUGCUGCUAUGUAGACUUAAGUUGAAACAUACUUUCAAUACUGUACAAACAGAAAAAGCCCAACAGAUGACUAAAAUAAAAUAAAAAAGAACCAAGUAGUUUCAAACAAUAACAUAACAUAAAAAAAAAUCAUGGCAAUACAGACUCACAUCCUUUGCUUUGGUCUUCCAUAUCUGUCUUAAAGAGAUUCUUUCUCAUGUUCUUUAUAGUAGUCCAAUUGUUGGUUGAGGGGUCUUUGUGCUUCUUCGUGCCUAAAGUCUGACCUUUAUCAUUUCUUAUAUUAUAAAUCAACUCAAUAUGAUGUCCCGGUUCAUCUUAAUUUCUCAUGAUUGUAUAUUCAUAUUUCUUAUUUGUAUUCUUUUAACCAUUAAGCUUAGAUAAUUUACGGCUAGAAACAUAUUCAUUUUAUGAUAAAUUUCAAAAGACUAUUUGAAGAAAAUGAAAAACAAUGGCAACCAUAGAAGAAAGAAAUGGAAUAUAGGAAGAAAAUAUAGACUUUGAAAAAUGAAAGGUCGCUUAUAGACUAAGUAGUUCGUACAAUUUUCAAAACAAAAACAAUAAAUUGAUGAUAGAUAAGUAAGUUUGUAAGUAUGAUUGAAGAUAUUUUAUGGAUUAAUAUUUUUGAAGGUGAUUAAGACCUGAGAUGUAGAAUAUAAAUUGAGUUCUUUUUUGUAUCUAAGUCUCUAUUUCGUAUAUAUGUAACACUAAAAAUUUUGGUUUAGGUUCGAUCAGUAAUAAAGGAAUGGGCUGGUUCAAGGAACUCAUCACUCAUUGAGAUUUUAGAAUUUCAAUUAAGACUAGAUUGAUUGUAUUGAAAUAAUAAAAACAAGGUUGUGGGCUGAUAAGGGUUGCUACGUCUUGUUCUUCCACCAAAAGUAAACAAGUCAUCCAUAUUAGGAACAUCAAUUUGUUUCUUAGUGCUUAAUGAAAUCACAUCAUAAACUAGAGGUCAUCAUCUUUCAUCCUUCAUCUCUCGACUAUUGUAAUCUCUUAUUCGAGCAUGUAAUUAGUGCAAAGUAUUAAUAAGAUCUUGGUUUUUCCUUUAUAAUGCUAUAUAUAACUCAUUUCUUAAUAACGUAUAACAAUAAAAAUUUUAAACAUAAUAAAGGUGUAUUGAAUACAAUUAAUCAUAUUUAUGUCAAAUGUUUAUGGCUUGAGUUUUAGUACUGACAAAUUAGGGUCUCUCACAAAAAAAUUGGGCAGAGGUGUGUUAGAGGACAUAGUUAGAAAACAAUUAAACUAAUAGUAAAUAGAUGUGUGGAUAUAAACAACUCACUUCUACAAUUUUUGACAUCUCAUUUCUUAAUCGUGUUUUUGCCGAUAUAUUUAUCAUAAUUCCCAUAUCAAAAAAGCUGAGAACACUUGGUCUCUAAAACACAUUGAUCACUCUCACCGGUAGUUUUGCAUUUUUUUCAUAAAUAAGUUUUGCAUCCAAUAGUUUUUGUACUGAAGUCUUGAUUCGAUAGCCGCUGUCAUUAAGAAUUAUAGUAAAGCAUCUUUCUAGUACUAUUCAAACGAAAAUAGCCCAACAGAUUGCUAAAACAAAACAGAAAACAUAUCAGUUUCAACCAACAACAUAACAUCCAAAAAAUCAAUGCAAUGCUUGUUCUGUUUGUUUUUUUUCCCCGUAAUAUUUGGAAGCAUUUAUGGAAGACAAUUGGAUAGAGAGUUUGUUUAGAAUGCCAAGAAUAUGUGCGAUUGCUAUUUGCUAGAAAUGAGAGUAAUAUGCACCACUAGAAUGAUAAAAUAUGAGAAAACAUUAUUAACAAAAUAUACGAACACUGCCCUUUCAAACAUGUGUUCAACAUAUCAAAUAGAACACUUCCAUUUAAAUGUUGGUCUUUUCGGAUCUCCUUCUCCUUUUUAUCUAAUUGGUAGACUUCGACACCAAAUCGAAGUCAUAUUUAAAAUCUUUCCGUAGGAAUGUCUAUAGUUCUAAAUAUGUUUUAAUUGGUAGAAACUAUUGGAUUACUAGAAAUGAGAUUUUGAAACAGUAUUAUUUCAUCAAUCUUUUGAUCUCUACCUUUACUUAACUUUUAAUAUUGAAGAGUUCUUUUUCAACAUAUUAAGCAAAACAACGUCAGCAUAAUAUGUAACAAUUUACAUUCAAAUUGCAUUUGAUGUUGAUUGUCAUCCGAGCUAUCUUACUUUCGGUGGUAUUUUCCAGCCAUACCAUUAUCGCUUUGUUGUGGGUUUCAAUAAUAUGGUUAAUGGGUCCGUGAAAUACGCAAUCAGUGAAUGUAAUCAACUAAAUCUGCUUUUCUUUCUUUGGAAGGCUUGUACGUUAGUACAUUAAUCUAUUCUUUUGUUUCGUUAGUAUCUAUUCUCUUAUAUGUUGGGUACAAAAUGUUUGCAGAAGCAAAAGUUAACUUUGCUUAGGAUUGUGAACGUCACCACCGAGUGUGCUGGGUGUUACAUAUUCUAUAUAACAUUUGAAGGAGUGAAUGAGUUACUGAUUUGUAAGAGAAUUUAUCACACGGCGCCUGAGAUCAUUCAUACAUACCAAAGUGUAGUGACAUGUACACUAUGGUUCAUUGACAAUCAUGAAGUAUUCAUCUUCAAGAGAAAAUUCGAUAACAAAUGUACUGAUGGCGAGUCAUCGAGAAGAAAAAACUCCAGAGGUAAUUGAGUCUUCACGAUAAGCAGUUUCAUUAGUAGAUGUGGAUGAAAGAUAUGUAGAGAUAUUUAUACCGGUAUGUGUUACUUACACUUGUCGCCUUAAAUAUUGCACCAAUUUUCGUUAGCAGUUAUUAUUCUCUGACUAAGGAUUGGUACUCACUUUUAGAGAAGCAUUUGUUACGGCCAGCAGCUCGCUAUGCAGAACUCACAAGAGAAAAGAGAGAAAAGUGGUGGACCUUGGAAGAAGGAGUGAAAAAUGGGGGAGCUUGAAUUCUUGAAAGGUUGAGUUCUGAAAGUUGAUGAUUGUGUGUCAUCUGUGCAAGAGUAGUUUGUAGCCUUAUGUUAAUGGUGUUUACAUCCACAUUAGAAAGCUAGUGGUAAUGUGUUCUCUUUGUCUGUUGGUAGGAUCCAAUAGACAAGACUUACAAGUACAUAUUAUAGGAAAUUUCUGGCCAUUAUUAGUAGGCCUGGAAGUUUAAUACCGAUAUUUGGGAUAUACCAAAUAUCGUACCGAACCUAUCACUUUUUUGUAUUACCGAAUACCGACUUAUUUUCUAGGGAUUGAGAUUGAGAUUCAUCUUGGAGUGCUAUUCGAUAUUCGGGAUUACGCGAUUGGGAUCGGUAUACCGAAAUACCUAGAAAUAUCGAAAUAAAAACUAAUGAAAUAUAGCACACAACCUUUGGUCAUUCCUCACUCUUUCACAACUUAGAAGUCCUCAUCCAACUAAACUUUGACUUUUCAGUUUAAGUCACUCUCGUCUAUUACCUUAUCUCUUGCUAUUUUCAUAACACUAAAAAGAAAACACUUACUAGUAUUAGUCGUCUCUCGACCUCCAAUUUGUCAAAUUAAAAAUUACCAAUGACAAGAAUUUGAAAUGUCACAUCUCUCCAUUCUCCUUAUCCAUAUCCUAGCUCUAGGAAAACUCAAGACUCUUUGCUUAGUCUCUUUUCCCUAAACUAAACAAUCAAAUCUCAUUUAUAUAGUUAAUUAUUAAUUGCAAAGACAAUUAAUUUUAUAUUGGUUAAUACUGAUUGGGAUACCGAAGUACCGAUUGGGAUACCGAAAUAUUUAGGGAUUGGGAUACCGAAAUUAAUUAAGGAUUGAGAUUAUGAUUGAUUUUAGGCUGUAAUUCGGUAUUUGGAAUUUCAGUAUUUGGUAUUGAGAUACCGAUACCGUACCGAUUUCCACCUCUAACUAUUAGUCCUUAUGAACUUAGAUUUUUCUUGUUCAAUUGGGUGAGAAUGAAGGUGUAAAAGGCAUGCAAAAGAGGUCUGACUUUAGACUUAGUUUUCAUAAUGAAAAUCUAUGUAUGUCACGAGAAAUCAUCAACUACUGAGAGGAAGUAUCUAUGACCAGAUAUUGAACUUACAGAAGUUGCUCCCCAAAUGUCAAUAUGGAGGAGAUCAAACCUAUAAGAAGAAUGACAUUGACUUAAGGGAAAAGGGAGUCGCUUUUGCUUAGCACAAGGACAAACAGAACAAUGAAGAUCUUUAUUCAUACUGAUGGAUGAGUCUAUAGAAUGUAAUAGAGGAAGUUUACUGUAGGAUAUGUGUACUAAUCGAUAAUGCCAUAGGUCAAAGUGGAAAUGGAAAGACAAUGAGAUGGUUUGGGUGGGAAAAGAUGGUGUGUAAGUGAUAGUGUAUCAGCAAGGGGAUCCAUUUGGUACAGACCAUUGGAGAGUUUAGCUGUACCAAUCAUCCUCGAGGACUGGAGGUCCUGUAUCAAGCAAUGAGAACCAAAAAAAUUCAGUCCAAGAGGAGUCUUGGAUGCUAUCUUACUUACUGAAACUAAGUUGAAAGAGAAGCUAGGUACAAGCAUAACAUCUAGUAAGUGUAGAGUGUCGAAAUAAUGAGAUUGUCCUAUGUGGGUUACUAAUGCUCUGUCUCCAUUAGGGAGGUGAACAAACAUGUUCUAAACAGUCUUAUAGUUUGUAAGAAACUUAAGGGAACAAACAAUAUGAUUGGUUGCCCAUGUGUCUAAAAUCCACUUAGGUGAAUGAUUCGCUAACAUACAAGUAUAUUAGGAAAGAGUAUGUUGGUCUGUAGGGGUGGGAUUAACUUGUGUUCAGAUGGAGCAGACUUGGCUUGUGGAAGGCUAGUCAUGAGGAGCUGGAAAGUCAGACGAAUAAGAUUGUUGAGUGUAGGUGGGCAGGUCAGUGUAUGGUGAUGGAGCAAAAGGUUGAAAAUGUUGAUUUUGUCGUUGAUGCAUAAACUGGGCCAUCUUCUGAUAGGUUUUUUGGAUUGUUGUCCAUUCUUGAGACUGGAAAGGUAAAGAACCAACAACAGGUAGAUCUGUAAUAUCAUCAACAUUGUCUUUUGAGGCAACACUGUGAGCUUUGGAUCGGGGUUUGUGGUCUGGGGAUAACCAUGAAGCUUGAAGCACUUCUCUAUCAAAUGUCCAUAAAGGCCACAGUGAACACAAUAAGGACGAUUCCCAUCUUGCUGGACUUGUUGUAGUGGUUUGUUAGAAGGAUUGCGAUAUGGAGGUCUAUGAGAAGGAUACAAAGUGGGAUUUCUACUAGGAUGUGGGGUUCCUCUAUAGUAAAUGGCCAUGACAUCGGGUAAGGAAGAUGAGACUAAAACAGAUUUUUUUUUCUUGCUUGAUGAUCAUAGCAAAAGCUUGAUUCAAACUAGGCAUAGGCUUCAUAAUCAUGAUUUGUGAUUUUGCAGCAACAGAGGAAUCGUUCAGUCCCCUAACAAACCUAAGCACGUAAUCCACUUGAUGAUUUUUUCUAACAAUGGCUAAAUCACAAUUGCAUAUUCCAUUGCAUCUAUAGGGAGGAAUUGGUAAGAAAUUGUAUAGCUCAUGCAUCCAUGUCGUCAUUUGAGUGAAGUAUGCACUUACAGACUGGGGAUCCUUAUUUGUAUAGAAGAGGUCUUCCUGAAGCUCGGCGAUGCGAAAGUUGUUGCCGCGAGAGAAGCGUUCGCAAUUCAUUCCAGACUAGCAGGGCAUCUUCGAACCACUGGAAUUCUUGAGCAAUUGAUGGAGAAACGGAUCGGAGAAUCCAUCCGAGGAGAAGGGUAUUGUUUCUUGACCAUGCACGAAAGAGAGGAUCGCCGGGAGUAGGCUUGACGAUGAUGCUAUUAAGAAACUGGAGUUUGUUUUUUGUAGAAAGCGCGCACACUAUUGCUCAUUCCCAAGUCGAGUAGUUGAUCUCAUCUAGCACAUGAGAAACCAGUUGGUGGGACAAGCUCUCAGCAGGGUGGAUGAUGAACGAGCUGCUCGGACCUAGAUCACCUGCAUGAGGAAUUGAUGGAAUCUAAGGCGGAGGCGGAUGAGAGGCGGAAGUGGAGGUCUGAUUGGCAAACGUCAUAGGAGAUUCUCAAAGGAAAGAAAAAUUGCGAAGCUGAAGAAAAGAAUCAAGAUUACCCUUUAGGCUCUGAUACCAAGUUGUAAUGGAAUUGAUCCUGAAAGCUUGAUUUACUAAGAAAGAAUGAAAUGAAAUCGUUAAC